AUGCACGUCAUUAUGAUAUCCGUUGGAAGUUGGGGAGACACCGAACCGUAUCUGGCGUUAGCCCAAGAACUCUUGACCAACAGCAAUCACUGUGAUACUAAUAGCACCAAUAAUAAGGUGGAUUUCUUUGUGCAAUCUCAAUACGAAUCCAGGGUGAAACAGGUGACAACAACCACACUUAUUGGUGACGAUGAUGAUGAUGUUGAUGUUGAUGAUGACGACGACGAUUCGUCGUUACAAAAUCCUUUCCACCAAAACAACUUUCGACUGCAUGCACUUCCCUUCUCCACCCAAGACUUUUACAAGGUCAAACCUAAUACUACUACCAACAACAACAACAACAACAACAACCAAGAUCCCAAACUGAAACAUGUCGCAACGGUAGCCGAAAUCAUGGGAGAAUUGGUAUUGCCAUGUGCCAGGUGGAUUUUGGAUUCCAUAGCACCCACCAUUGCCAAUAAGAGCAAUACCAUUUUGCUGUCGUCGGCACUGUCGCGACCACUUGGUUUGCUAUUGGCGCAAGUAUUGGAAAUACCUAUGGUGCUUCUGCACUUGCAACCAUUGGUACCCAAUACCAUCUUUCCUCUCUAUAGAGUGGUACCAAUAGAAACCUGUGUGCAAGCCAUGCUGUUGUAUAAUAAUGACGAUCACAAUCAAUAUUAUGAACAAACCUAUUGGAAAAUUGAUCAUCCGUUGGAAGAAAUCUUCCUCAGGGAUCGAUUGAUUGCUGCUUAUGAUCAAUUUGGAUUGGUACCACCGACCUGGUCCGAGUUGCAAACCAUAUUAGCAGGAGGAGGAGGGGGAGAUGCGAAUGAUGAUGAUGAUGAUCAUGCUUCGAAGAUUCAUCCUCAUCAUCAUCAAGAAGUAGUACACAUUGUCAAUUGCUAUUCCAAUCAUUUGAUUCCAUCCAUUGUGGGGACUCCGGGAGUUGGUCCAAAUGUCCACGAGAUUGGGUGCUUGGCCGAUGCCUAUAUUCCUUGGAAUUACAAGAGAACAUUGAAUCCAGACUUGGAAACCUUUCUACAGUCUUGCAAGAAGAUGAAGAAUACUCGUCCACCCAUUUGCAUUGGAUUUGGGUCCAUGCCCUUUUCCGAACUUUCGGCAGUCAUGGAUGCUCUUAUUGAAUUGGAGGAUAUUCCUGCUAUUUUGGUGGGGAAACCCUUUCAAUUUACCUCGUGUCCACCUCGAUAUCAAGAUUUGUUGUUCACCAGCGGCAAGGUCUUUCGGAUGGAAUUUGUUCCCUACGCCCAUGUAUUGCCAAAAUGUUCCAUGAUGCUUUGUCAUGGGGGUGCCGGUGUGGUGCAUGCCACGAUACGGGCAGGAAUCCCGUGUCUGGUACAUCCCAUCAUGGGAGAUCAAUUCUUGUUUGCCUCCCUCUUGGAACAAAAGGGUCUUGGUGUCCGGAUUAUUAUUGGAACUGGUGGUGAUGGUGGUGGUGAUGGUGGUGAUGCUACUUCGAAAAGGCAAUUGUUGCAAGCUUGCGACAUUGUACGGGCUGUCCGCAAGGUCGAUUCAUCAUCAUCAUCAUUUUCAUUUUCAUCAUCCAGCAGUAGCAAUAGUAUUCGAACGAAUUGCCAGGAAUUGCGUCAGAAAAUAAUAACGGAAGAGAAUGAUGCUGGUAUUCAUCAUCCUCAUGGAGUAGUGCAAAUGGCAACUCUAUUGCAACAGAUUGUUCUUGGCAACAAUAAACGAGGAGUAUAG